AUGAUGGUAGGCAAUCAGUUGCCGCCGCAAGAGUUGCGAGUGUGUUGCCGAACUUUUGGGGAUAAGGGUUGGGGAUUUAGGGAUUGGGGAGAGAUUAGGGGAAGGAUAACGUAUAUAAGUGUUGAGCAUCCGAAAGUGGAUUACAUAAAUCCUAAGUACCUUGUUUAUGCCAACUUAACGUCUGAGAGGUUCAGUCGUUCGAACCCGGUCUACUAUGUAGGCCUCCAUUUCCACCACCUUACACCAUGGGGUAGCAACAUCUAUAUAGAUGUAUACUUCUACGAGUUGCUAUCGAACCAGUACAAGCGCAGCUUUGUGGAGAUGCACUUUGAUUGGUGCUACCUCGUUGAGAAAGACCUGUUCUUUGGAGCUGCUGUAAGGGCAGGAGGAUAUAAAGGAGGGUGUCCUCAUCCACCGGGUAAGGUAAACCUGUACAACAUGACGAUCAAUCCUGCAUAUAUACCCAGGGGCUUCCCUUUCACCAGAGGCAGGAUCUACGCUAAUUUCUCCACCACUAAGACCAAAGAGAGAGUGGCAGAAGGCCACAUUGACAUGAGAAUAGCGACCGUCGAAGCGAAGAGUAUAAAAUCAUUAUUUUAA